AAACUAGGUUUGGCCUCAGCUCUUAGCCAUUCACCUUCUUGACAACAUGAAGUCUGAAAACAUGAAGUCCAGAAACUUCUUGAGCCCAGUGGUGGUACUUCUUGUCCUUGGGACACUGGUGGCACAGGCAGCUGUCAUAAAAGGUCAAGGCACUGCAAAAGGACAAGAUCCAGUCAAAGGACAAGAUCCAUUCAAAGGACAAGAUCCAGUCAAAGGACAAGAUCCAUUCAAAGGACAAGAUCCAGUCAAAGGACAAGAUCCAUUCAAAGGGCAAGAUCCAGUCAAAGGACAAGAUCCAGUCAAAGGGCAAGAUCCAGUCAAAGGACAAGAUCCAGUCAAAGGACAAAAUCCAGUCAAAGGACAAGAUCAAGUCGAAGUCACACUCCCCUAUAAGCCUGGCUUCUGCCCCAGGAUUCAGAUCCAGUGCGCCAUGAUAAAUCCGCCUAACAAAUGUCUGAGAGAUUCUGAUUGCCCGGGGAGAAUGAAGUGCUGUGUGGGCAAUUGCGGGAGAGACUGUGUGAAUCCUUGGUGAGGCGGAGUCUGUUCUCGCUGCACCUGUGAAGCCCCAGGGGUGCAGAUCCUGGUGCCUGUAGCACUACCCUCUCCCACACUGCCCAUUCUUCCUUUCCUCCAGGGUGCCCAAACCUGGGAUGCCUCUCUCAUGUACUUUCCAAUAAAAGACCACUUUCUACUCCA